UUUUGUAAUCCCCUUAGGGCAUUUGCUGGGAUCGGGCAAAUUGCCCCAUUGUCCAGAGCUUGGUGCUUUGUCUGGUGUGCCAGGAAGAACCCUAGAGAUUUGUGGGAGAGGGUUCUUGGGGGAAGAAAAAUGGCGAGCGCGAGCUACUCCAGGGCGCUGCUAGGUCUCGCAUUGUGAAAAUCGAGGAUCAGGGAGGAAAAGCCUAGUAGCGCCUGGCGGCUGCGCUCUCUCUCUCUUCUUCUAUCGUUAUCGAUCGAAAUAUCGCGCUCCGGUAGCUCCGUGGCGAUCUUUUUCCCAUCGCUCCCUUGGAUUUCCCACUUGAUCGUUGGAGGAGUCGUCGGGAAUUGCCGUUUAGUGAUCUUCUCGUCGAUCUUUCCAAGAUCAUCGGCCGUGGCCAAUUCAGCGUGUGCGAGGAUGAUCUUAGCUAGGUAGGGCGCUCCUCGGCUUGGAUCGAUGCGACAGGCAUUCGUGUGAGGAGAGAGGGAGAGUGGAAAUCUCUGUGUGGAGGGAAAAGAAAGGGGAGAAAGCAAAAGCCUCGGCUUAGAUAGAACACGCAGGCACAUCUCUUGCGUGUGCUGCUCGGCUGUGGCGGAUAUUAUGAUUCUGCGAUGAAGUGGACGUGAUCGAUGAAGAUGCGUCCUCGAGCUCCAGCUCCAUCCAGUGUUCUUGAUCGAGACAUCUUGGAUCUCGGCGCGGGGAUUGCACAGGCGGGGCAGAGCAGCGAAAGAUUGUUGCAUUGCCGGGCGGGCACCGCAGAUUUGCGAGGCCUCUCGUCAACGCAUUGAUCAUCGGUAGUGGGGGACGAUUUGCGCUCGCAGGGAUUGGGGAUCGGUCAAGCGCUCGCUCCAAUGGCGAAAUCCGGCUCCCAGACGCAAUGCCGUACGCCAUUCCGUAUGCGAAUUAUUUGAUUAUCUGUCCGGGCAGCCAAGGCAGCAGGGAAUUCUCGCGAAGAGGAGGAGAGUGGUAGGCGCAAAUUGGUGGUUUAAUUUCUUCGAUCUCUCUCUCUCUCACACACCUCUCUCGGGCAAUGAUAGUUUUCAAGGGGGAGAUCACAGGGCAGGAGCACGGCAACGAGAAGAAGAGCGUCCUCGAUCGUGAUCUUCAUGCAGUUUGAUCAUCGCCCAUCACAGGGGUGUGAGAGCUUCUUGAUCGGACAACCAGGCAUCAUCAAAGGCAGGAAUUUUGGACGAGCUUGGUCCGGUGGUGGUGGUGGUGUCAUGCUGUUGAGCAAUUAUGGUCGGGAUCAGGUGGGGGACUCGUCAGGCUUUGAUGGAUCGCAACAGGCGCCCCUUCUCCACACGGUGGGAGGAGUUGGAGUUGGCGUUGGAGUCGUCCCGCAGCCAUCGCUCACGGACGUCUCGUCCUCCACCAGCAGCUUGAAGCCCCCUCCUCCGGAUCAGUUGCUCUGCCAGUCGAGGCCCGGGCAGCAGCACCAGCAGCACCAGCAGCCGGGCCAGCAAGAGCGGCGGCUCAAGCCGCAUUCGGAUCAAGUCCUCAAGUGCCCCCGCUGCGACUCGAUGAACACCAAGUUUUGCUACUACAACAACUACAGCCUCACGCAGCCCCGGCAUUUCUGCAAGAACUGCAAGCGCUACUGGACCAAGGGAGGGGCGCUGAGGAACGUCCCCGUGGGUGGCGGGUGCCGGAAGAACAAGCGCGUCAAGCAACGGCAGCAGGACCAUUCGGGUCCUCCAGCGGCCUCGUCGGACGAGACCGGCCAGCCGAACGGCGGCGGCGGUCUUCCGGGAGGGGGUGGAGCCAUGGUGGGGAACGACGGUGCCAGCAGCAGCAGUAUGCUACAGCAGGAAUUCCCGGUGGCGACGAGCUCGGGGCUGUACGAUCAAGUGGCCAAGGCGAGCAACGGGAUAAGCUUGGCGUUUGACAGGGUCGAGGGAGGGGUGGCGAGGAUUUUCCCCGGAGCCCCUGGGAGCCAUUCCGGCGCGCCUCCCAUCUCGAUAAACUGGGCGACUGGACAGCUCGGGAGCCAUCCACAGCAGUUUGAUCCGAGCAUGCUUGGGUUGAAUCUCCCCGGCGCGCCGAUCAAACAGGAGCCGGUUCACGGCGAUGCCGGCGGCGACAUAAACUCUAUCUUCGAUCCGGGCUCGCUGGGAAUGGGGACGCACGCGGCCAUGAACGAGGCGCUGAGCUCUUACGUGCCGGUGGAGAACUUCGGGCUCAAUGGAGGUAGCGGCGAGAUGAUGUGGAGGUUCCCGCAGCAGCCAAAGCUCGUGUCUUUGCUCGAGGAUGGGAGCGAGCAGGAUCAAGGCGGCGGCGGCGGCGGCGGUGGCGGCGGCGGCGGGAGGCAUCACGUACUGCUGGACUUGGAGGCGAGCCACGGGGUGGAGAAGAUGAAGCAGCACCACCACCACCACCACAAAGGCAAGAGCUCGGGGGAUGUUUCGUCCAGUGACUACGACCAACAGGGCGAUUCCUCGUCGCCGGAUCAGUGGCAGCCGUCACCGACCGAGGCAUUCUUCGAGAGCGGGAGUGACGCUGCGGGGUACUGGAGUAACGGUGGCUGGACGUCGGAUCUACACGCCUACGGCGGGUCGAAUCAUCACCACCACCACCACCACCACCAUCAUCAAACACCAGGGAAUCAUCAACUUCUCUAGCAGCUGCGCCGCUAUAUAUCCAGCCAUCAUCCAUCCCGGGGGUUUAAAAUUCUUUUUCUUUCCUGUCUCUUGCUUCCAUCCCCGCCCCCCGUUCGUUGGCUCCUCUCACCCUCUUCGUUUUUGACAACACUGGAGACAACACAGGUCCUCUUCUUCUCGCGCACAGCCUAACAACAAGCAACAAAAAUCAAUCAAUCAAUUCUGUAUAGAGAUCCAAAGCAACAGCAGCAGCAGCAGCAGCAGAUCCUCCGCCUCUUCGAUCAUCAACUUCGAGAGAAAAAAUGAAAUCGAGAAAACGGGGAACAGAAGGUACACCGUCGGUGAACUCUCUUCCCUCUCUCCCCCCCUGAUCUUGCGUUGCAUCAUUGUCACUACUCACAUCUCUCUCAGCAACACUCGGCCACCUCCACCGCCCCUCGAGAGCGAAAAAAAAAAAGCUUCUUUUCUUUUGGGAUUGCGACUGCUGCUCGUCGGUCUUCUUCCUGGUUUCGUUUUUGUUUUUUUUUUUUCUUUUUCUUCGUUUUUUCGUUCUCUUCUCUUGUUACGUUAUCUUCAUUCCCGUGUUCCUCAAAUUUUUUUGGCUCACCACCAUCAUACUUAUACGUAUACGUAACAUCUCUAGAGGGAGUUUUAUUGAUUAUAUCAGCCAAGUAGUAAUAAAGAAGGAAAAAGCAUACGAGUAUAUUGGCAAAGACAUCCAUCCUUGAGGCGCAGGAAGAGAAGCUGGAGAGAAAAAAAAAAACACACUCAAGAACAAAACAAUGGGGUGGUUUUCCUGCUAAACUGGAUUGGAUUUUGUAAUUGUAUAUACUGGAGUCUCUUCUUAAACGUUCUUUGAGUUUGAUUACA